AUGAGGACUGAAACCAACUUCAACUCACUGCCAGCUACCAAGAAGCGCAAACUUGGGCCGGGACAAUCGUUUGAAUCUCAGGGAGUGCCACAACAGGCAUCAUUCGCUGAUAUUUGGGAAUGGUUGAAGGAGGAAGGCACUAAUGGGCCAAAUGGUGCUGAAGGAAUCGCCGAUUUCUAUUUUGAUUAUGCCAGUUCGAGGUUGCGGCAUCCACCCUCACCCUCAGGCUCCUACAAUGUCCAGCAGCAGGUUGACCUCGAACCAGAUCCCACCGACGUCGUCGCAUUUCUAGUGCUGUCGAGCUUGACAGUCUUCAAAAAGUACAUCAACUCCAAUGCCGAGAGCUGGUACAAGUACGCAAACGGUGUUGUCAACCUCGGAGGCAUGGCCACUUUUUCGAGCGCUUCCCAUCGCUCGGACGUCACCCUCAAUUUCCGAACUGUUCAUCAAGAAAUCGGGCAGCCCAUGUACGUCUGGGAACAUUCUGGGUCAGUAGACUCGAAAACUGGUCCGGACACUACUGAGAGAAACGAACUGCAAGUCGCAGAAGGACAGCCUUUGUCUAAUCAGUGUUUGUUCGUGCGCAUCAUCAGCGUGAUGGUAGGGUUGAAAUCGUGGCGAGAUCUUGAGAACAGUAACUUCGGAAGCACUGACAUUGCGCCGGAUGGGUUUCCGGAGUCGACAGAGUUGGCAGGGGCCAACGCCGCAGGUGGUGCACAAUCUGGGUCUGUGUCGUCCGGGCCAUCUGGAUCUGCACAAGGUUUCGGAGGCAGCGUCAAGUCUCAAUCCUCCAUAUCGCUAACAGAAGACACCAUCCUUACACACGAGACCGCAACCGGAUUGCGCAACGUUCAUCCUUCAAAGCUUAUCAACGAAUUCUUAUUGAAAGAGGUACCAGAUGCGAAGAUGGCGAUAUCGAGUGAUAGGGACUGGAACUGGAUACUUGAAUCGACACCCCCUAACGAAUAUGACACGGCAGAGAAAUUUAUCGAGAAGAUAUGCUCCAUGCAUACUAUAGUCGAAGACGAUGGUGUUGUUUGGUUGGAGCCGGUUGUUCAGUCUGACGAGGGAGAAUCUGACGAGUUUGAGGGCAUAAACAACCUGUUGAACGGCUUUGAGGACGGUUCAACCACCAUUGAGGCCUAUCUUUUUGGCCUUAAUCGCACCUCAAAUCGGAAGGAGUUCCUUGAUGAGUUGAUUAUGGAUCUCUCGUCAGUGUCCCUAAAUUCGUGGAAUGAUCUCUCAGAGCCAGAAACCGGCGGCCUCCAAGGACAUCCCGAUCGCCCUCUUUCGCUACAUGAAAUCGCCGAACAUAAGCACGGGAAUCUCAGCCUGUUACCGACUUUCACCCAGUCCAUACGAACCAUCCGCACGGCGCUGGAAUCGCUCCCCAUGGAACACGCACAGAAGCCAGCAGUUAUGUGCUUCCUGGCGGACUUGUUCUUUCAGAGAUAUAGGCGGCUUUCUCUUCGAGAUGAUUUGGAUGAAGCCAUUUGCUACUAUGAAGAAGCACUCGAGUUGAAUCAAAUGGAGGAAUACACACACCUUGAAAUCUUACUCGGUCUUUGCUCCGCUCUCUACCGACGCCUAAGAUCCUUCGGGGAUCCGCAGGACAUUGAAAAUCUGCGCCUUCGAUUACAGGAACAAGGGAGACUCGACUUCGACAAGAUUUUGCCCGCCUCUAAUCAGGACUUGCAACGGCGAAGCUCAACUCCCGUUAGUUUAAAUCUCCGGACCAGAUAUAGCUUUUCACCUUUGAAUAACGUCCGCUCACCUGGGCCUCUCUUCCUCUCCCAUCCCACCAGGAUACCGAGAAAUACCUUCGCACGACUCUUGAAGUCCCCUUACCCCUUGAACCUCAGCUCCCUCCCAGAUGAGCCCUUCGACAAGAAUGUGCCUGCUGUCACGACCUUAAUCAAACUCGCUAUCUUCGGUAGCAAGGACAAACGUCUCACCCUCCGCCAGAUAUAUGACGAGAUCGAGAAGCGCUACCCCAGCUGGAAGGAUGCCAAAGACAAACCCUGGCAGCGCUCUAUCCGCCACAACCUCUCCUUGAAGGCUAUCUUCGUGCGCAUCGAGAGGCCUGUGAGCCACCCUGGUAAGGGCUUCUACUGGGCCCUUGACGUUCGCCAAGGCGAAGGCAACAAGUCCGACGGCAGGCGUUGUCGAGGCCACGGUGAUGGCGAGCUUGACGAGAAUGUAGGCUCAAUCAAGGAGCACCUGAGUGUAACUCCAACAUCGCUUCUCCCGCAUCCUGACGCUAAGGUUGAAUGUUAA